AUGAGCAAUUUCGAAGACCUGUGCGAGGAGAUCCAUGAGAACAUAGAUGGCGUGAAUCGAUACAAUCCAGAGAAUGUGACCCAAUUGGAGGAGUGUGUUCGAGCGAUGUGCAGCGAAGGGAAAUAUGAUCGGGACAUCUCGCUUACCAUCCUUAAACUCUACCAACUGAAUCCGGAUCGAUGGGACGAAGCGGUGGUUCGAUCGAUACUCAUGAAGACGUUGAUGGAAUUGCCGGCUCCCGACUUUGCCCUUGCCAAGAGUCUCAUCGAUGCAAAUCGCUUGAAUAGCGCGGAGUUGAAGCGGGUGCUUGAUUUGGGAGCGGUGCUCGAAUCGUGCAAUUUUGCCGCUUUUUGGAAAUUGAUGCGGGGUGAAUACAAGCCGACGAAUGAACCCAAUGAGCUAUUUCGUCAACCGGCUGAAGUUUCAAAAAUGGUUCGUUCAAUCAACGGCUUUGAGGAAGCAAUUCGAGUUUUUGCAUGUAAGGCCAUUUCUGUGACCUAUCAAAGAAUCGAAAGGAGUACUCUGGCGCGACUCCUUGGUGGUGCCACUGACAAACAAUUGGCCGAUUAUGCAACACACUUUGGAUGGGAAAUUCAGCCAAACGAGGGAACUAUCUUCAUUGCCAAUCACGAGGCCAACAUCAAGUCACGCAACAUCGACGAGAAGCUUCAAUUCACCAAUGUCCUGGAAAUUUUGAAGCAGAUUUCCUCACAAAAUCGGGAUGAA